AUGAACAAUCUGCCAUUAUUACCACCAACCCUAUCACCACAACAACUGGACUUUCAUCAACAACAACAACAACAACAGCCGUAUAACCACUACCAACAACAACAUAUACUAAGCCAUCAUACCAAUAAGAUUAAGAACAAUAACAAUCUUUCAUCACUUAGCUCAUCGUCCAACAGUUUAAACCUUAAUAACUCAACUAAAACAAUUAGACAUCAGCAGUCGAAAUUAGACUUGAUUGAUGACACAACCUUAACUUCAUUACCCUUACCUCCACCUCCACCAAUCAAAAGGACUUCCACUUCGUCAGGUGCGUCGUCUUUAAAAGCAUCCUCUAGCACUUUACUGCACGUGCGACGCAAUCUGCAUGAUACUUUAAAGAGCCAUUCCGACAAAGAGCAAGUUGAACUUGAAAAUAAAGACGUUGAACGCGAUGAUGAUGAUGAAGAGGAAGGAGAAGAAGAAGAAGAUGUAGAAUAUAUCGAUGAAGAAAGUCAAGAUCCAAUAGUAUUAGUUGAAGAUUACAUUCCUCGAAAAUCAUCUGGACCCCAUAUGUCACGACAAAAAUCCUUAGCUGAUUUUAAACAAAGGAUACUAUGUCCGGAUUCAAUGAGUGAAAUGUCAUCUAUAAUAUAUGAAGAUGAAGAUGAAGAUUUCCCAUCAUCAUCAUUCAGAUCCAAUAAUAAACGCAGUAAUUCUUCUGACGAUCGUCAAUUUACAAAAUUUGAAGAUUUGGAAGCAAUAUUUGGUAAGAUACCUGGUAGCGAUUUAUUAAAAUAUUGUGAUUUAUGUGAAAAACCAUUAUAUGAAAUAUCAUCGAUUAUUAACAAUCGAAAGAAACGAGUUAAACGAAAUCAUCAUGAAUUUGUUUGUGGUGAUUGUACUGAAAAUUAUGAAGUAUUUAUUAAUGAAUAUGAUGUCCAAAGUAAUGAUAGCAGCAGCAGAUGCAGCAGUAGUAGUAAUAAUAACAUUAGUAGUAAUGAACUUUUAGAUGACGUUGAUGAAGCAAGUAAAGAGGGUAGACGCAAUCGAUUGUUAAGAAUAUUCAACUCAGUUCUGUCAAAAUAUGAUUUAACUAAAGGGUAUAAGAAAUCAUCUGAUCUUAUCAAAGUCAGUAACGUAGACUAG